AUGAACGAAAAAUUAAAGUUAAUAUCAACAUUAAAACAUUACAGAAAUUUAAAAUGCCUGGAAUAUUUACAGAAUUUAGGAAAUGCAACAAAUAGUUUUAUAUCUGUGGAUCGUUUAAAAAAAUUUCAAACAACAUUAGAAAGUAGAAAUAAAAGAUUUGUUAUUGUUUGCGAAAAUUUAGAAAAUCAAGGAAAUGUUAGUGCUAUUGUCAGAUCAGCGGAUGCAAUGGGUAUUCAGCAUAUUUAUUCAAUUACCGAGGAGGGUAUUGACCAACAAUUUGCAAAUUGUGGAAGAGUUUCAUUAGGAUCAGAAAAUUGGUUAACACAAAAAAAGUUUAAAAAAACAUCAACAUGCAUAGAAUAUUUAAAAAAUAAAGGCUAUUCAAUUUGGGUAUCCGACCUAUCAGCCACCUCAUUUUCGUUCGAUAAAUUAAUAUUUCAACCUUCAAAAAUAAUACCUCAGUUCGAUUACUUUUUAAAUCAAACAAUAAAUAAUUUAGAAAUUUUAAAUAACAACAAUAAAAAUGAAGAUUUAAUAUUAAAAAAAGAUAUAAUAAUAAAUGAAGUAUAUAAAAGUAAUAAUAUAGAUAACAAGAAUUUAAAUAAUUUUAUAAAAAAUAAUGAAAAAAUAGCAUUGGUUUUUGGAAAUGAAACUGUGGGUGUUUCCGAAGAAAUGAAGAGUCUUGCAGAUAGAAGGUUUUAUUUACCAAUGAUUGGUAUGGUUCAGUCUUUUAAUGUCAGUGUAAGUGUUGCAAUGACUUUAGCUUAUUUGAAAAUGCAAGGUGUUUUGGUUGGUGAUUUAUCAACUUUACAAAAAAAUCAAUUAUUAUGUCGAUGGGUUUUAAGUAGUAUCCAAAAUAACAGGUUAUUCUUACAACAAUUAAACUAUGAUCCAGAUUAUGUUUUAGACAUAUUAAAUAAAGAAUUCGAUUAA